ACUCCUCAUUAGCGUAACAAUCAAUCGUGCUACCGCCAAUAAAGCACGCGAACGUUGUCCUUAUAAGCAUUAGUGUAUCUCGACGGUGAGCCACGAACUUAUUUACGAAGCCUAUCUGUGACAGAUAGUGCACGUCUGCUGGUAAAAACAAGCAAGAACUCGACUAAGCGGCGAAGUGAUGGUAUGAACCAUGGCGAGUGACGAGGAGCGACAUACUAGCAUUAGAUCGGGCCUCUCCAAGUGGGAACGAGACGAACUCAAAACAGAGCGCAGAAAAUUACUCACCAAGUUCGAGCUGAAAAGAGAGGUGAUCGCUGAGCGCUUGCGAUGCCCGCUGUGUUUUAGCCUGCCAUGCGCCAUUAUCGCGCUCAUGCUGCUAAUUCUGAUGGGGAUCUUCAUCGUUCAGCCACAUCAAGUCGGGAGAACGUUACAAAAGACAAUAUGCAGGUACAACCGAACCGAGCUCUUGGGAGUAACGGGUGACUGCAGUCACAGAACCGACCCAUUCUCUUGUAUCAGAAUCUACAUCCACUUCAAUACAUCAAGUAUAAUUAACCACGAAGCCGUUCUUAUGGAGAAUGAAAAGUCUUUAGUGCACUGUAACAAGUGUUCAUUUACAAAUGGAAUGAGUGACUUGUUUGGUCGGAGGACCACGUGUUCCUGGAAUGCUGAUCUGGACAGCAAUGCUUGUUUUGCCGCCUACAUGGGAAAGUUUGCAAGUGAAAACGCUUCGUACUUGUGUUACUACGAUCCAGAAAAUCUAGACAGCGUCGCCCGUACUCUUGAAGUUACCGAGGCAGAGGCUGCGAUGGCGAUAUGUCUCCCUCUACUAGUAGUGGUGCUGUGGGUCGCUGCUUUUGCUUUCUUGCUUUACGACAGAUAUAAGAGAAGGGCUGUCGAUGACCAAAUUCUUCUUAAGAGACACCAUGGUAGUCAGGGAAACGGAGAACUUGGAAACGGACGAGCAGGCAAGCUUGCAAACCAUUUUCCCGUGAAGGUGGACUUCCAACUGGACAAUUCAUUAAACGAAACAGAAGUACACGGCGUGUCUACGCCUCCGCCUCUUCGGAUCAAAAAGAAAAAGAAGCUUCCAUGCACGCGGUCACAUCACCAGUACCAGCUAGACUACCUGGACGAGAGUAUAGUACUGGACUGUAAGCCCAUAUCCCCAUUAGACUUGGAGCAGCCUUUAAGUUUUAGUUACCUUACGGUAGAUGCAUAUUCGUCUCCGCCUUGCGCCAGCUGCCAACAAUACGAUAAUCACGCUAUGAACUUCGAUGUCCUUCUCAAUGGUAGAAGUUACCCUCACCGGACACCACUCCGCGGGAACCAAACAACGCCCUCGCAGACCGGCCGUAUAUUAAGAUAUCUACCGGAGUCAUUUGUAUAACGGUGGGUGAAUAACCUUUUACAAGACGGGCUCCACGUUGAGAUAUCUACCGAAAUAAUUUGUAUAACGUUGGAUGAAAAACAUACAGAUGGGCUGCAUAUUGAGAUAUCUUCCUAUGUGCGGGCCGUGACGUAUCUGCCAGUCCGUUCUUGUUGAAAAGGCAUCAUUGCUGUAGAGAACUUCGGCCAAAAAUUUCACGAAAGCCAGCGUUUAUGAUAAAUACUGAGAAUAUAGAUUAUUGUAAAUAAUAAAUUUGUAUAACAGAUAGAAUAAAAUAGACACAAAGAGCGUAAA